CUAAAGUGAGAAAAUGUGCACUUGGCAGCAGGGUGUUCUCAGAACUUGAUGACCCUGAAUUGUGAAGGCCAAUGUUCCACUAUUUAUAGGGGUAGGGUUGAAUAUGCACUGAGUCUCUAACACCAUGAUGCUCCGAUUCCUUGCUGUUCUCCUGGCAGUGUCCUGCGCCUGUGCCUCUCCUACCAGUCGGGCACUCUGGCAAUUCCAUAGUUUGAUCAAAUGUGCUAUUCCUAAUAGUGCACCCCUAAAAGAAUAUAAUAAUUAUGGAUGUUAUUGUGGACUUGGAGGACAGGGGAGCCCAAAGGACACUCUGGACAGAUGCUGUCAAGUCCAUGACAACUGCUACUCACAAGCCAAGAACACCUGUGGUAGCUCUUUAGAUCCAUACGCCAGAAGUUAUGCCUAUAGCUGUUCAGGAACAAGUAUCACCUGUACAUCUUACAGUGAUGCCUGUUCUCAGUUUAUCUGCAACUGUGAUCGAGCAGCUGCCAUUUGCUUUUCAAAGUCUCCAUACAAUCCUGCCUACAAAGACUUAGAUAAAAGCAAAUAUUGUUAAGUGACAGUAACAUAAACUGAAAUCAAAUAAAAGUAUAAAAAAGUG